CUACUCUAACCCACCCAGUAAUGACAGUUCCUAAGUUCGAAAAACCGCCUACAUUUGUGACACCGCGUCAUCCAUCUGUCACUUUACCACUGAUUUACAAUAAAAAAAAGAUCAACACACAAGCUGGCUAUUUCAAAGAAUAUAUCAUACAACAUUUGAACUUAGUGAUAUAAUUAUCAUCCUAAUAUGCCUGUUCAGAUUUCGAAAUUCUGUAAAGAUCGUAAAGAUAUAUUCGAAUACACGUACGACCCGUACUACAAAAGCGGAAGUCAAGAAGCAUCAAGAAGCGAGUCAGCGUUAUAGCAUGUGAAACCAUUCAUGUUGUAAAAAUGUAUUCAUUAAAACACGAACUUCCGCGUUGCAAAGAAUUACGACUGUGUAUUAAAUCAACGGCCCUGCAACGAUUCUAACGAAGAGUUUAAUUUUCACUUUUCUUCGCGAAGUGAACAGGCUGUAUGUAUUUUCAAGUAGCGGAGGACAACACAGAUGGUGGAGAUCGUGGAGAUCUGUUAUCAAGUAUCAUGUUAGCUUAUUUUUUGCGGCUUGUUAGAGUGGUAGAGGCAACAAGUCUAGUUGUACGCAUCUGACCGGUCUGACGGUAUCUGACAUCAGCUUCGAAAUAUAUCUAAGCAUGAUGUGACUGGAAAGAGUUGAAAGAGUUGUAUUCGGACGUAGUCUGACACGGUCUGACAGAAAUUGAUGAAACCACUCUAUUAUGAAAUCAGCCCAAAUUACAGGUAGAAAAAUGAAAGCAGCAUGGCUGAAUAAACAAAUGGCACAUCACACAGCAACUGAUAUUGCAGUAUUGGCAUAUAAGAUUUGGAUAGCAAAGAAAACAGGGAAUGACUUCAAAUAUUGACAUCAUCUAACAGAGAGGAAUGAAUUUGGAAUAUGAAAUCUAAAAUAGUUCCAGUAAUAACAAAUGCAACUGACACUUUCUGAAGUACUUCCAGAAGAUACCAGGCUUGCAUGCAAUUAUGAAUCACCAGAAGAGAUUUAUAAUUGGUUCAACUCUCAUCGUUUUAUUCACUGGUUCUGGCAGAAUUGUUUGAGACCCAAAGGUUCCAUGGCAAAAAAAUCUGGGAUACACUACUCUAAAGUGAUAAAAAGGUUAUAUUAUAAACAGGAUGUAACUCAGAACUGAAGUAGUGUUCAACGAUUUGUUGUGUAAAACAUGACUGAGAUAAUAUUAACAUGGACGAGAGUCUUCUAAUCAAGGAGGAAACAAACACAUCUGAUUCUGAGACUAAUCCAAAUAAUAUUAAACAGGAAGUUCCAUUUGAAUUUGUUGGAAUUAAAUCUGAAGUUCAGGAUGAUGCAGAAUUCUCAUCUGCUGAUGGCUGUGAGCAGACCUCUCAGCAAGAGGUAAAAAAUGAAAUAAAUGUGUUGAUACCAGAAGUUUGUCUUGAGGAGGGAAUUAAGACCAGAGCUGUUACAGCAAACAAGUGUCCAAUGUGUCACUUCUGUGGCAAAGUCUUCAGAUGUAUUGCAGAAGUGAAGAGGCAUUUACCGGUACAUACAGGGGAGAAACCAUUCAAGUGUGAAACAUGUGGUAAAGGAUUCAAUGAUACAGGAAACCUGAAUACACAUAAAUUGAAACAUACGGGAGUGAGGCCAUAUUUAUGUUCUGUGUGUGGUAAGGGAUUUAGUACAUCAGGGAAUUUAAAUGCCCAUACUAUGACACACACAGGAGAGAAGCCUCAUGUAUGUUCAACAUGUGGCAGGGGAUUUAGUAAUUCUGGUAAUUUGGGUGCACAUACUCUUACACACACUGGAGAGAAACCACAUAUCUGUGAUGUGUGUGGGAAACUGUUUAGGAGACCGUCUCAUUUGAAACAACAUCUGGUUACUCACACUGGUGAGAAGGCAUUUGUGUGUAAAAUUUGUAAUAAAGGUUUUAAACAAUUUCCUGCAAUGAAAAUGCAUUCACUUACUCAUAGUGGAGAAAAACGUCAUGUAUGUAAAAUAUGUGGUAAAGGAUUUGUCCAAUCUAAUAAUUUAAAAACUCAUGUUCUUACUCACAGUGGAGAAAAACCUUACUUUUGUAAAGUAUGUGGUAAAAGGUUUAUCCAGUCCAGUAAUUUGAAAACACAUUCAUUGACUCAUAAUAAGGAGAAGCCAUACUUAUGCACAUUUUGUGGUAAAGGUUUUAACUCAUUCUCAUACUUGAAGAAACAUUCUCAUACACAUACUGAAUAACUGACAUACUGCUAGUUUGUACUGUAUUCUGCAGUGACAUAAUAUAUUCUGAUAUUUAGACUUGAUGACAUAACAUGAAGCUGUAUUUUCUUAUGUACUAAGAGAUAAAUAAAAUGUAACUAUACCUGAGA